GGCGUGUGUUGAGCUGGCUGGCCACUUGAAAGCAACCUGCACGAAGAAGCAAGCAAGUGCGAUGAAAUCAGAGGGAGACGCGCAGACAGACGCGCAGUCCGCACAAGGGGACAUGUCCGCUUUUCGUAACCUGCCCAACAGCGUGGUGACAGUCAGACAACUACAGUAUGUCCCCACGCAACUACAUCCGUCUAAGUCCAGGAGAAGAAGCUCGCCUCAAGCACGACGAAAACAGGAAACAAAAACUCGCCCGCUUGCAGCAGGUCCGAGAGCAGGAACGAAUAUUGGCAUCCGAGCGUCGGAAACUAUACCAAACCGUCGCUGAAUCGGAGCUUGGGCAUGUGCUCAACCUAUUAGAGAAAGAUUGGACAGCCAGCAGGCGGCAGAAGAUAAAUCAACUCAAGAAUGUACAGGAUAAACACAAACAGCUGCUGGGGCAGGCCCACAGGACGGCUGAGCAGGUUGCUGCAGAUGAGAAAGCACACAACGAAAGUCUCUACUCCACAACAUUAGAUCGAAUCAAGUUAGAUGUGCUCAGAGGCCAAGAAGCAUUGGCUGAGGUUUGCUCUCGUUGCCCCAUGUUCAACUAUCACAACAUGCAGGCAUACUCAUCCAAACCUCUUUCAACCCCCAGGCCCUCCUAGAAACAGCCACCCGCCGCGCCCAUACAGAAGUAAAACGCCUCCUCCUCGAACGAACCCGCGAAAAAGAGAACCUCCGCGCCCUCUACAUCGCCGAAUCCCAGCGAGAAAAAGCAGCCAACACCGCACCCGAUUUCGAGAUUCCCUCUGCACCAUUGGCUCGACCGCUGCAACGGCGGUAUGACCAUUUUGAGAGUACCGCGAAUC